AUGCUAAAGAAAUUUCUACUCGGAGGAGACGCUGUCCCCACCGCUGGUGAUGGCUUUGGUGCCCGAAUGACCCCUCGACCUACUGUUGAACGCGAACGUAGUUCCAUCAGUAAGGCUAGCAGACCAGUCUCAAUCUCGGAAAGUGCUGGGCAUGCAAGCACGGCGAGUCUUGCUUCACCCUCCGCCAGUACUCUCGCUCAAGAUCCUCAAGAGCCUUCGAAGGCUAGAAGAAGCUCGAACUUGAACGACGCAGUUUCAUUGUCUCAACCAGCUUCGCCCUGUACGGAGAAUGUGCUAGUCUCUUCAUCCCAGGCAGAAAAUACUAACCAUCAAAGAUCCGAGCAAAAGAAGGCUGCCUCCUGGCAAGACUAUGAGAUACCAAAGGAGCUGGCCUUGCUUGAUGAGGACGUUCCCCAAGACAUUCGCAAUAUCAUACAGGAGUCCUUGGAUGAACAAGAAGCCGUGCGAGUCUCACGAUUGCUUUCGCCCGAAGCUGAGGACAAUGCAUCGAUUAAGUUUGAAACCAGAUCAAUUGAUGGUUCACUCAAUGAUGAGGAAGUCUCGUUGUUGGGGGUUCCACUCUCUGUGGCAUCAUCGCCGACUAGUGAGAAUACCGAACACGUAGAUCGUAGCUUUAAUCGAUCCCAGGAGUCCGUCACUACACCAGGAUCAGAAUCUGCAGACACACCAUACCUCCAGCCUCCGAAAUUGAGUAAGCUGCGGAUAGGCAGCCAUAAGAGGCAGCUACUAAGAAGCAAGAACGGCCAACAAGGACCAAGUAGUCCUGGGUCAGGCUCUGCACUUACGAGCAUGGAAUCCAGGUUCCAUGAUUUCAAGGAUAAGACAUCUAAAGGCCGUGGCCUCUACAGCCUGUUGAAAGGCCGCAAGACGAAAUCUACCGUGGAAGGAAGCCUCCCACCAAAGCGAGAACCUCCCCUCCAGUCGAAUGCACAUGCUGCUUCGACGACUUUCCAUCCCAAAUGCGACCAUGAGAAAAUAUAUCUCCCCGAAGACUUGGCAAGGUUCGAUGAGAAGACCUUGGAAUAUGCAGUACCUCUUGCGAAUCGCUAUUAUUGUACAGAGGCCGACCAGCGUCGGAGGGAAGAACAGAUUCAAGCAGCCCAAACACAGCGAGAGGCUGACGCCCAUGCUGAAGCAGAGGAGAUCCGUCUAGCCAUCGAAGCUGUCGAGGAGGCCGAACGUCAUUUGCGAGUGGAGCGUGAGGCCGAGGAAGCCAGGGAGCAUCAGCGCCUAGAAAGGGAAGCUGAAGAGCUCGCACAGCUAGAGCUCGAGCGAGCAGAGCAGAUUAGACAGCGUUUCCUUGAAUUGCGCGCGUUCCUUGACCGUGUGGGGUUGCGACAGAUGCAAGCGAUGGAGAAGCGGCAUUUUGAGGAGGAAGAAGCAAAUGACCGAUUACUAGUAGACUUUGAAGACGUUGUGUCAGGGCGUGAGAAAGAGAUCAAUGCGGAGAGGGAAACGAAGGUCGCCGAGAAUGAGAAGAGUGUCAAACUACUGCAGCGAAAGCAUGCAGCUGCGCUUAUGGAAACUUUCCAACGACAUCGGCGUGGUCAAGACGAUCUUUUCACCAAAAAUAUCGACAACGACGAUAAUGAUACAGACCAAGACAUGGUCAAAGCGUCUAGACUGGAAGCACUGAUGCCUCUGCAAGAAACAGAACGUACGAUGUUAAAACAACAACAGGCUCGCGAGGUCGAGAAAUGGAAACAGCGAGGGCAGCAAGCUCUCAAUCGUCUUAACAUCCCUUUCAAGGUCCAGCAGAUGCGUUUCCAGGAGGAAGAGAAAAUGAUGAGGAUUAUCCAUGAAGGAAACGAGCAGCGCGAUGCAGACCUCCAGUGGUUUGGAGUCUUGCAGGCUGCGAGGGCUGCCAUGUUGGAUGAUGAUGAGAGGCGAUUGCUUUCGACUGGGGGGAGGCGCCCAAUCUUGAUGUGGGAGAGGGGAAGGGGAAGGGGAAGGAUCAAGAUGAAGGAAGAGAGGCCCAUACUUGAUUGA